AUGGCAGCUGCCGCACCUUCAUCACUUGCCAGUUCUGUAGAGAAGACGAAUGGAGCCAAGCUCAGCAGACUUCUUAUUGAUGGCGGUACAGCGGUUUUGAGGAAAUGGUUCGAUACCUUUCACCCCCCUACCAAACUAGCUGCUGGUCUCAGUUCUCACUACACAACACUGCACACUCUUUUCAAGAAAAAGGUUCUGCGUUUAGCCCAGUGGGACCAACUUUUCCCACCUAGUGGGGAUCCACCUGAUUCUAAAGAAUUUGAUAUCACUCUCCUGUUUCUCCUUUUGACCAACAUGUGUGGCCUCACCCCUCCCUCCUCAGGAUGGCACGCGAUGCCACCUAUUAGUGACACCUCUUUCGAGGCUAACCUUGCUCGAGUGAAGUUUUUCCGCAAUGAGUUAUAUGGCCACGUGUCGACCACUGGCGUUGAAAUGUCAGUGUUUUUGUCUCUGUGGCCGAAAAUUCGCGCAGUCCUUGUUGAUCUUGGGUUUGACCAGGUAGAAAUAGAUAGAUUAGAAGCCGAACAUAGUGGAGAGGAAGACUAUAUUGACUUGUUACGUGGGUGGUCUGAGAGUGAAGAAGAUACGUGGUCACAGCUGAGGGAUAUACGGAAUUUCCAGAUACAGAUGCAUGAAGACGUUGCAGAUCUACGUCAAAACCAAAAAGAAGACCAGAAAACACUUGAGGAUACCAAGUCUAAAUUGGAGAAAUUGUCCCACUGCCAGGCAAAAACUCUUGAGGCUGUUGAAGAAAUGCAAGUAGGUAUCGAAGAAUUUAAACAGGUAGCUGAGUACGAAAAGAAGAAGAGAGAAGAUCAUUGGGAAGUUGAGGCCCUUAAAAACCUAGCGAAGGUCGACUUCCGAGGGGAUAUUGAAUAUCAUGCGCAAAGGUUCCAGGAAGGAACCCGUGAGUGGAUCUUCCGACAGAUGGAUGAAUGGUUAGACGACAAAAGCUCCGAAAAUCGAGUAAUGGUCAUCAGUGGCAAUGCUGGCAUGGGAAAGUCCGUUAUCUCCGCUGUUGCGUGUAAGAGAAUGCAAAAAGCUGGUCGACUGUCAGGGAGCCACUUCUGUCAGCACAACAACGUGCGCUAUCGAAAUCCACAGCUGAUGCUUCAAUCCUUGGCCUGUCAUUUGACUCACACCUUACCAGAGUACAAGGAAGCUCUCGUGGAAAAACUAUCAAGGAAUCUGGGGGUACCACUCAACAGCAUGGGUGUCGAAGAGCUCUUUGCUCUGCUUUUGAAGGAACCUCUUAAUGCUGUUAAAGAUCCAGGAAGAAACAUCUUAAUGGUAAUAGAUGGCUUGGACGAAAGUGAAUAUCAAGGACGCAACGAGCUUCUCGAUGUCGUCGGCAAGCAUUUUUUUAAGCUCCCAAAAUGGAUUCGAUUUCUCGUGACAGCCCGACCAGAAAUAAACAUUACGGAGAGCCUGAAGCAUCUGCAACCCAUACACCUUAACCAAAAACAGGAAGAGAACUUAAGCGACAUCAAGCGUUUCUUUCAACUACGUCUGGGAAAGCAACUUGAGCAAGAACAUAAGAAUGUGCUCUUGGACAAACUGGUUCAAAGGACUGAGGGUAUUUUCCUAUUUGCAUAUUUUCUUAGUACUGCACUCGAAGAGAAUGCCUCGCCAAUUACCGUCGAGGAGGUGGAGAGCAGAUUGCCUUCGGGUAUUUCAUCCGUUUAUCUUGAUCAUUUUAAACGGUUAGAAAAGGAACUUUGCAAAGAGUUAAAGAUUGAAGAAGAACAAGUGUUACAUUUCCUAUGCGCCCUAGCCGCUUCCAGAGAGCCUCUACCAUUGGCCUUGGCCUCCAGAAUACUACAACCUACUGGGAACUGUUCCACUGCCAGACGAAAGGUAAAUAAAAUAAUCGCCUGUAUCUCUUCUCUUUUGCCGAUCUGCCACGAUCGAGUUCACUUCAUCCACAAGUCCGUGAAAGAUUGGUUAACAAAUACGUCGUCGUAUGGUCAACAUGAAUUCAUCGUGGACGAGAAGGAAGGGCAUCAGAUCCUCUUCGACCUUUGCACUGCUGAGCUUGACAAAAUUAAAGACAAGAAGCUUCUUGAUUCCCAGUUCAACGACGCUGAACAGUACGCAUUGCAACAUGGUGUCCAGCAUAUGACCGAGCUGGAUGGACUGGGUGAUCAUUCAACAACCUACAACGUAGAUCACCUGGUAAAAUCCUAUGUCAUAGAUUUAGAACUCAUUUUUCGCAGACUUUGUGUGAACAGCGUGGUUCCUUCAGAUGAUCUCCAACGUGUUCAAAGGAACGUCAACCUCGCCUCACUGCAAGAGGGAACUUAUUCUUUGUUAAGCUCUCUGUCAAAAGUCCUUCGAAAACAUUCCUAUCUGUUGAAGGACCACCCACAAGCUUUGUUUCAAAGUUUGGUCAACGAAGGCUCCCCCGAGUUAUCUCUUAGAGCAGCAGCAAUCCUUGAAAACAAGCUUCCUCAUGCCUCGUACAUGAAAUACUUAGACAAAGAAGAAGAGCGAGGAGGGGUACAAGGUCGAUUUUACUGUUCAGAUAUUGUAGCUUGCUUCGAUGUUUCACCUGAAAUGGAUUAUAUGGUGUGCGAAUGCCGAGACGGAACAAUUCAUCUCUGGUCUCUUCAGACAGGGAAUGAAGUAUGGAAUCGACCUUCCCUAAUUGCGAAAGAAUUUGAGACCACAUCACGUGGCGGUCUAAUACUAGAUGAAGGAGCAUAUCGCAGGAAGCAGUAUGGUUUGACUUUCUAUCGCUCAGUAGUUUUUGAUGCAAGUGGAAAAUAUGUCCUACCGGGAUGCCUGCGAAAUGUUUACACCCUCAAUGGAGAAUCCUAUGAACGUUUUCCGAAAAGCGAUUGCUUUUUUUCAAAUUGUGCGUUUUCCGGAGACAGAAGAUUAAUUUUAACUGACUGUGGUGAUGAUCCAAAGAGACUCUCUUUGUGGAGCAUGGAAGAUGGCAAGAAGCUAUGGUGCAUAUCUUUGCAAGAAAACGUUGCAUCUUUUUCUAUUUCCCAAGAUGGAUCACUCGUCGCAGUUGCAGAAAGUCCUGGGUCUGUGUUAAUUAUUGACUUGGAAACAUGGAAGGGACAAUGUUUGUGGAAAAUCAAGUAUGUCCUAUGUGGACUAAUGCACCUCGCCUUCAAUGUUAAGUACACCCUCACUUGUGGUUAUUUAGGUUUCAGGUCCGAAGACGCUGGACACAAUCAAUACCGUUGGAUGUGGAAUGGUGAGAAUCGGUACCAAAGAUGUUCAUUCCAAAAGGAAGAUCUAUUCUCUUCCUCGCCAGGCGUCUCAUGGCCGUUGCUUCCGACAGGCAAUUUUUUUUUAUGGCCUAUUGAUUUAAGAAACUUGGACUUAGACGACGUUUACAAGCAAAAUAGAGGGAAUUGUCUGGUGAAGAGUGUAAGGCGUGUUUUUCCAGAUUUAAGUGCAGGGUUUUACACGAGGUUAUCAGACAAUUCAAUACUGGCCAGUAGCCCAUCUUUCAACUACGUUGCGUUGGUAGACGUGAGUCAUCGAGAUUGUUCCUCUGAAAGCUCAGCAGUCAAUGAGGUGAUGCUUUCACCUGAGGGAGAUACUCUGUAUUCCAUUUGUUCGGAUCACAGGUCUUGUGAAGUGACCGUUUUAAGAUUGUCGAAUCAAAAAAUUUUAACGCCGAAGAAGUCUUUCGUUGUUCCGUCUCUGUUUCUUCUCCCUGUGAAAGAAGGCGUUGUACUUAGUAUGGGGAAUGGAGUACCCGAGCUGUGGAAUUUUGAAUUGACCAGACGUAUUCGACCUCUUCCCAAAUUGAGUGGCUACGAAAGGCUUUCUCGUGUAUCACAUGAACUCAUAGCUUGUCAAGGGCAUAGCCGUUAUUUAACGGAAAAGGAGGUUACAAGCCAAUAUCCGUUAUUUGAAGGAACCCACCUUCCGGAAUUGGGAGUUUCGUGUUCACCAGUGGACACUGAAACACCUUCGGGUGUGCACGAUUCAACAGAAAUUUCAGAUAAUGCAAUUUCACCCAACUCAUUUGAUUUUGCACUGAUGCAACUGUGUUUUCCUCUUUUAAGCUUAACCGCCGAUAGAAUGCUUGAAGUGGACAUCUUCAACGUUACCACUCAGGAGUUUAUCUUUUCUGGGAAAACAAAGGUUUCUGAUGACGUUGCUAUUAAAUUUGUUUGCUGCAAUAUUCGGGGUGAGUUUCUCGUCUGUAGUUGUGAGGAAAUAGACGAUGACUUUUUUGAAAUAGAAGAGUUGACAUUUUCGUUGAGAAAGAACGGCUCCCACAAAAAUUUGUGGGAAAGAAAGAGUAGCAAGUAUUUUGGAGAAUCUUUUUCGCCCCGGCUUAUUUUUUCGCCCACAGAAGAGUUUAUUGUGACUUGGGGUUCCCUCGGUGGAGGUGAUGGUUUACAUAUCCUUGAUGCUAGAUGCGGCGAAACGAGGCAGAGUCUGCUUAAAAACCGCGAUGACAUUGUUGACUGCAAAUUUGCUUGUGACGACGAGUCCUUGCUUUGCUGUACUAGUGACAACUUCCUUCGAUUGUUUCAAAUAAGAACCGGUGACCUGCUCUGCAUACUCGACGUAGAGGAAAGACCGUUCAGUUUGGGGGCCUCCGCACGUGAAGAUCUUGUAGCCGUUGGUUUGUCGUCGGGUAGAUUGAAAUUUAUCCAUGUGGAGCUACCAAGAAGAAAAGAAUCAGACCGUAAAGGUAUAAAAGUAACGGAUCUAUAGGCGUUGGCUUUUGAUCUGUUAUUGUUCACUUAAGUUAAUAAUGAUGGUACAAAUCAUAAUUAAACAAGACAGUCGACUUUAUAAGCCAUUAAAGUACUUAUUUACACUGUUUUAUUCAAUAAUUUUCUUAGCUGAGUUGAAUCAAUAGAUUUAUCUUUUUUAUUGUAAUUAUUUUAGAAUCUACUGACGGUUUGCAUUGCUUGUCAUUUCUUAAUACACAAUAGGAAGAGAAAGGAUGAGUUAAAGCCGGGUUUUUGUUCAUUUAUGCUUUUCAAAAAACUAAGCUGAAAUUCAAACGUACUUCAAUGAAUUAAGUUUUGUGGCCAUUCGGAACUCUGCACCCAUUCAUUUUAAAGUUAACAUGUCUGUUUAUCACUUGCAGGCUCACUGACCAAAACCAAAUGGAAGUGAAUGGAAGAAUCUUAAAGCAUUUUUGCUGCUCUCGAGAAUCGUCACGUAACAUUGAAACAACUCUCAAAAAGGAAUCCACAGAACGAUACUGACUGUACGCCGAUCAGUACAAUGACAUGUGGACUUCUCCUCCGACGCCUUCUUCACCUUAAGAAUCCAACAUUCGAGACCUGAUACGUUUGCUCGAUUUGCAUCUUUUUUUCUUUUUGUUAAGAGGAUUUCAGUUUAGCUUGCAUUGAAGAAAUUCGAUAACUUUUUCUUCGUAAAAUACAAAGGCUCGCCUUCAGCUGCUAUUGAUGUCAAUUCCACAGUUUGAGCUGAAGAAUUCAAACAUCUCAAGCGACGUAGAAGAGAAAAUGCACCAGCGGGGCUUCAAAUGUUGUCGUUUUUGGCCAAUAGCUUGAGGGCAAUUAAACACGUG